CGAACCCAAACUUCCGGCCACCAAAUGGCGGCAAGCCGAAGACCGAUCAAGGUACUAAACGUUGCCGAAAAGCCAUCGGUUGCGAAAACCGUAUCCACAAUCUUAUCAGGAAACCAGGGUUUUAGAACCCGAGAAGGGAGAUCAAGAUAUAACAAGAUAUUCGAAUUUAAUUACAUGAUUAACGAACAGCCAUGUCAUAUGGUGUUCACUAGUGUUACAGGGCAUCUAAUGGAGAUCGAUUUCGAACCCCGGUAUCGAAAGUGGCAUUCUUGUGAUCCUCUUGAUCUGUUUCAUGCUCCUAUUUGUAAAUAUGUUCCUGAGGACAAGGUAGACAUCAAAAGGACCUUGGAGGAGGAAGCCAGAAAAUGCCAAUGGCUUGUCUUGUGGCUUGAUUGUGAUCCAGAAGGAGAGAACAUUGCAUUUGAAGUUGUGGAAGUUUGCUUAAGUGUAAAUUCUCAUCUCACCAUUAAGAGGGCAACGUUCUCUACAUUAACAACGCAACUUCACGAAAAGGUCAAAAUGCUUGUACAGCCUGAUCAAUUUGUCUCUGCUGCUAUAGAUGUUAGGCAAGAAGUAGAUCUUCGAAUAGGUGCUUCCUUCACGAGAUUUCUGACAAUGCUACUGAAAGAUGCAUUUGUUUUUGAUGUUCCUACAGAUGGCACAAACCUUAUUCUAAGUUAUGGUCCUUGUCAGUUUCCCACAUUGGGAUUUGUCGUGGAACGGUAUUGGGAGAUCUUAGCACAUGAACCUGAAGAGUUUUGGAAGAUCCAGUGUUCACAUACAACUGAUGAAGGAACUGCUAACUUUAGUUGGAUGCGUGGGCAUUUGUUUGAUCACACCUGUGCCGUACUACUUUAUGAGAUGUGUGUCCAAGAACCCAUUGCAACCGUCACGAAUAUUCUACAGAAAGAGGAGAAAAAACUCCCUCCUUACCCAUUAAACACUCUUGAGCUAGAAAAACGAGCAUCACGUUAUUUUAGAAUGAGUUCUGAACAAACCAUGAAGAUUGCAGAAGAGCUCUAUCAGUCUGGUUUCAUAAGCUAUCCUCGUACAGAGACUGAUUUGUUUUCAGAAGGGACUGACUUGCGUAUACUUGUACAAGAACAACAGGAGCAUCCUGUGUGGGGUCCAUAUGCCCAACGACUCUUGGAUCCUUCAUCAGGACUUUGGAUGAUACCACUUAAUGGUGGGCAUGAUGACAAAGCCCAUCCUCCUAUUCACCCAACAAAAUUUUCACCUGGAGAACCUGGAUGGAGUGAGAAUCAUAAAAAAGUGUAUGAGUUGGUUGUUCGACAUUAUUUGGCAUGUGUUUCUCAACCGGCUGUUGGAGCUGGAACUACAGUAGAUAUUGACAUUGCUGGUGAGAUGUUUUCAGCAAGAGGAAGGAUAAUACUUGCUAGAAAUUAUUUGGAUGUCUAUCGAUUCGAAAAAUGGGGUGGAUCACUUAUCCCAAGCUACACAAUUGGACAGCAGUUCACUCCAACAUCUAUGACCCUUGAAUCAGGGAUUACAAGACCACCACCCCUCUUAAGUGAAUCUGAUCUUCUAGAACUAAUGUUCAGGAAAGGCAUUGGCACGGAUGCUACGAUGCAUGAUCAUAUAAAGAAGCUGACUGAUCGGUUUUAUGCUACUAAAGAGGCGUUGCAUUUCAAGCCAACUAAUCUUGGUGAGGCAUUAGUUAUGGGAUAUGAUGAUAUGCGCCUCACUCAUGAACUUUGGAAGCCAGAACUUCGCAGUAUGAUGGAAAAGUACAUGAAAGAUGUUGGUGGUAGAAAAAUGAGAAAAGAUGAUGCUUUAGCAAGUUGCUUACAGAUUAUGAAGACUUGCUUUUUAGAUGCCAGGUUAAAUAAAGUCAAACUUUUCGAAGCCUUUGAAAUUUACUUUGACAGAACAAAUAGAACCGGUGGGGAUGAGCAACAUAAUCAUGGACAGCUUGUGCGGAAAUGUGAUGUUUGCCAGGAGUCAGAAUUGUUUCUUAGGAAGAAACCGGAUGGAAAGUUCAUGAUUGGUUGCUUGGCUUUUCCUCAGUGCAGAAACGUCAUCUGGCUUCCUGGAUCCAUAUCAGAAGCGACUGUUACUCCAACUGUUUGCGAUACAUGUACUCCAGGACCUAUUUUCAAGAUACAGUUCACAUUUCGCCAGCGGGAAAUACCUCUACACUUCAAUAUCCACCAUUUAGGCUGUGUUGGUGGCUGUGAUGAUGUUAUGAGAGAGCUUAUUGAAAUAUCUGGUUUUGGACGUCACAAUUUUACAAGGGCACCAGCAACAGGACGGGGAACAACUGCACCUUCCAGGAAUGAUCCUCAAAAUAACCAGCAGCGAACAAGAGGACGCGGAACCACUGCACCUUUAAGGAACGGCUCUCAAAAUAACCCGCAGCAGAAUACUUGCAGCUUCUGUCACCAGACAGGACAUUCAUCAAGUGAUUGUUAUUCAGGGACUUCUCAGAACCGUAGUUCUCGUUUUCAGAGAGUCAACGCUCAUGAUGGUGAUCCAGUGAUUCCUUGCACUACCUGUGGUUCGCCCUGCUCUUUAAAAACCGCCAACACAGAGGCCAAUAGGGGAAGAAAAUUCUACUCAUGUCAGGCACAAGGUUGCAAGUUUUUUGUCUGUUGGGAAGAUAGUGUCCCUUCUACCAGAGGUGGUGGCAGCUAUUCCAACAAUGCAAGCACUUCAGCUGCAAACACCAGCAGGAGGGGGGGUCGAGGGGGAGGUAGAGCUAACAGCAGUGAUGUUAGAUUUGUAUCGGCUACAGGUGACCCUGUUUCUGGGAGAAGCUGCUUUAUCUGUGGUGAUCCAUCACAUUUUGCAAACGUCUGCCCAAAUCGUGCUAUGCGUAACUGAUAUGCUACUUGCUCUUUUGGAUAUCGUAAGUGAGUUUGUAAGGUAGUCAUGUUUGGGUGAUAUACCUUUUUUUAAUUUGGAGCAGAUAGAACUUCUAAUUGGUGACUUUUAGUUUUGAUCUGAAUUGACGUGGGAAUUUACUAGAUACCGUAAAACUUCUUGA